GGGCAGGCUGUGUCAACAGAGCGCAGUGCAGUGUGGACGGACAGGAACAGAGCAGCACUUUGAAGCAAGGACUCAAACUAACAAGUAGCUGGUUAUCACCAUGAACGCCGAGCCUGUUGUCAUCGUCUCCGCUGCACGGACACCAAUUGGGUCCUUGAACGGUGCUCUGUCCACGGUGCCUGUGCAUGACCUGUGUUCAGUGGUGAUCAAGGAUGUUCUGAAGCGGGCGGCCGUGAAGCCAGAAGAGGUCUCAGAGGUUAUCAUGGGACACGUCCUAACAGCAGGUCAUGGACAGAACCCGGCACGUCAGGCCAGUGUUGGGGCUGGUAUCCCCUACCCUGUCCCGGCGUGGAGCUGCCAGAUGGUGUGUGGCUCUGGGCUGAAGGCUGUGUGUCUGGGAGCUCAGUCCAUCCAAGGUGGAGAGUCCACUGUGGUGGUGGCAGGAGGCAUGGAGAGCAUGAGUAGGGCUCCUCACACAGUGCAAAUGAGAGCAGGAGUGAAAAUGGGUGAUGCCUCUCUUCAGGAUUCCAUGGUGGCUGACGGCCUGACGGACGCCUUUCAUGGCUACCACAUGGGCAUCACAGCGGAGAAUGUGGCGAAGCAGUGGGGUGUCAGUCGAGAGGAGCAGGACCAGUUCGCCGUCCAGUCCCAGAACAAAACGGAGGCUGCGCAGAAAGCAGGAUAUUUUCAGCAGGAGAUUGUCCCCGUCAUGGUGCCAUCCAGAAAAGGUCCAGUGGAGGUGAAGGUGGAUGAGUUCCCUCGCCAUGGCAGCAACAUGGACAGCAUGUCCAAACUCAGACCCUGCUUCAUCAAGGACAGCAGCGGCACCGUCACAGCUGGAAACGCUUCAGGUAUAAAUGAUGGAGCAGCUGCAGCCGUCUUAAUGAGCCAAUCGGAAGCUGUGAGGCGUGGCAUUAAACCAAUGGCCAGAAUUGUAUCAUGGGCUCAAGCUGGUCUUGACCCGUCAAUCAUGGGGACUGGGCCAAUACCAGCCAUCAGGAAAGCGGUUGAGAAAGCAGGCUGGCAGCUGGACCAGGUGGAUUUAUUUGAGAUUAAUGAAGCAUUCGCUGCCCAGUCUAUUGCUGUGGUCAAAGAGCUUGGCCUGAAUGCAGAUAAGGUGAAUGUGAGCGGUGGUGCUAUCUCUCUAGGCCAUCCCAUCGGUAUGUCUGGCUGCAGAGUGCUGGUGACCCUGCUGCACGCACUCCAGAGGACUGGAGGACAUAAGGGAGUGGCGUCCCUCUGCAUCGGAGGAGGGAUGGGCAUCGCCAUGUGUGUGGAGAGGGUUUGAGAUGAAUAUCUACUGUUGCUUUACAGAUUGCACUCACUUAUUUUAAAUGGAUAAGGGAUACUGACACUCAUUGUUUACACUGCAGGAUAUGAUAUAAAACAGUAACAGUUUACCAGUUUUCUUGCAAUCACAUUACUCGAGGCAAAAGUGGUACAAGUAUAUGUUGUGAUUGUGGAGUAUUCAACAACAAUUUGCCAUUCUCACUGUGAACUUCGCUUAAAUUUGAAUUUUCUCAGGUUCUAGCUGUAAAGCAUGUAACUUAAUGUUAGAGAACUUUAGAAGUCUAAAUGAUGUUAAUCUAGUCUAUAAUGACGACAAACAAAUAUCGUAAAAUUGCUCUUACAACUUGGUGUUAGAUGUGCUAAACAGGCACCAUCCUGCAGUUAGUAGUAGCUGAUUAAGAAUAGAUGUUAUCCUCUAAAACCAGCUGCUUUCAGUUACCUAUACAACUGAUAAAGUGACACUAAAAAUAGACAGGCUUUAGGAGAUGUGCUAUUUUCUCUGUAAAGCAUAGUUUUUAACUUGUGGUGUAAUUUAUUGGUAAUUUUAAGAAGCUUUCAAUAGAUUUAGCUUGCUCUAAAAACAUUCCAUUAUCUUCCCAUGUGGACUUGGACCCUUUUUCUCUGAUCAAUUGUGCAGACAGCAGCCUUGAGACACAGCUAAGUGCCAUAAGGUUUAGUAUGCUAGCCUUGUCUAACCCAGUGCUUCCUGUAAAAAAAACAGAUGUUUGUGAAAACAUUUUCCAUCUAGAUGAUGGACAUAUCAAUAAAGAAUUAAAAGCCA